UACACAACGCUAUGCGCCACGCAGCGAUGGAGAAAUCACAUCUCGUCCGUGUGUCAAAGGAGCCUCAACGGCUUCCAAAAGACUUUUAUGACAAACCUCGACAUAAGAACUUUAAACUGGAGUCAAAAGAACGGUCGCUGACAGUGGAGUUGGAAAAAGUGAGGGAGGAAAGUGUCGUGCACCUGCAAGUUGUGCAAGAUCUGCAGAACCAACUGAUGGAUGCAAGGACGCAACUGAGAAGGGAGAUUAAGGAAAAGGAGACGCUUCAGGUGGAGUUUCAAGACAUCACAAAGAAAAAUAACACACUGACAAGAAAGCUGGAGACGGAGACUGUUGAGGUGGCCAGACUUCAAUUUCUGGACAAAGUAAACCAAGCAGAUAUUGAAGAUCUGAGGGACGUAUAUGACCUCGAGCAUCGUGCAGCUCAACAAGACAAACAUGAGCUGUUACUCAUCAGCGAUAAAGAUGAGGAAAUACAGAAGCGGACCUAUGCUGGAGAAGAGAUGAGUCAAACACUGCAUGAUCUUCUGAAAAAAGAAGUCUCUCUGUGUGAGCAGAACAGGGAUGCCACCAAUGAGCUGGCUCGACUUGAGUCUCUGACAGCAAAACAAAAUGAGGAGACGAGAAACCUGAAGACAGCUGUUCAGGAUCUCCAGUCCCAAGUGGAGCUGGCUAACGAACAAAUCUUCCAAAUGGACGAGCACAAAGCAAUCCAAACCAGGAAAAUUGCUUAUUAUCAGGAACAGUUAGAAGAAUGUUACAUCCUAAACACCGAUUUGAAGCAAUCAGUCCGUGAUCUUAAACACCAGCAAGAGGCGAGGCAAGAGGAGGAGAUAAUAGCUGGCGUUGAUCUUCAGCACCAGGUAAGAGAAGGUCAGGAACUCAUCAGGGAUAAAGAUGAGGAAAUACAGAAUCUGACCUGUGCUGGAGAAGAGAUGAGUCAAGCACUGCAUGAUCUUCGGACAAAGGAAGUCUCUCUGAGUGAGCAGAACAGGAACGCCACCAAUGAGGUGUCUCAACUUGAGUCUCUGAAUGAGAAUCUGCGGAAACAAGUUCAAGAACUGCAGAAAAACGGGAAAAUCACAGCUGAUGAGAACCAGAGCCUUAUCGCGAAGGUGGCUCGCAUUAAAUCACUGAGACAAGCAGAGACUGAAGAAUUACAACAGAGUGAGGAACUCAUCAGGGAUAAAGAUGAGGAAAUACAGAAUCUGACCUGUGCUGGAGAAGAGAUGAGUCAAGCACUGCAUGAUCUUCGGACAAAGGAAGUCUCUCUGAGUGAGCAGAACAGGAACGCCACCAAUGAGGUGUCUCAACUUGAGUCUCUGAAUGAGAAUCUGCGGAAACAAGUUCAAGAACUGCAGAAAAACGGGAAAAUCACAGCUGAUGAGAACCAGAGCCUUAUCGCGAAGGUGGCUCGCAUUAAAUCACUGAGACAAGCAGAGACUGAAGAAUUACAACAGAGUGAGGAACUCAUCAGGGAUAAAGAUGAGGAAAUACAGAAUCUGACCUGUGCUGGAAAAAAGAUGAGUCAAGCACUGCAUGAUCUUCUGAAAAAGGAAGUCUCUCUGAGUGAGCAGAACAGGAACGCCACCAAUGAGCUGGCUCGACUUGAGUCUCUGACAGCAAAACAAAAUGAGGAGACGAGAAACCUGAAGACAGCUGUUCAGGAUCUCCAGUCCCAAAUGGAGCUGGCUAACGAACAAAUCUUCCAAAUGGACGAGCACAAAGCAAUCCAAACCAGGAAAAUUGCUUAUUAUCAGGAACAGUUAGAAGAAUGUUACAUCCUAACAACCGAUUUGAAGCAAUCACUCCGUGAUCUUAAACACCAGCAAGAGGCGAGGCAAGAGGAGGAGAUAAUAGCUGGCGUUGGGCAGCAGAGAGAUGAGAACUUCUCUGAGACGACAUCUGGGUAUCAGAGCGAUGAGAGCCUCCCAGAGUCUCCAGCUUCUGUGUCUCAGACCAGAAGUUUCUUGUGCCGUUCUGCUAAAUGUCUGCUGAAAGUAGGUCUCCCACUUGCCAUCACCGCUCUGGGUGUAGGCCUAGGGUAUAACUACCUGAUGGACUAUGCCUACUACCAGCUACUGCCCUACGCCAACAACGUUGAAAUACCUUGCAUGUAAACUACAAUCCCUACAAACUACAACUCCACUUUAAAUCCUAACAACAAAUUAAUUUAUAAAUAUAGAUUAUGAAUGUGAUAAACAUAAUUUAUAUUUAUAAAUGAAUGGGCACGGUGGAGCAGUGGUGAGCACUGUCUGUGGGGCCUUUCUGUGUAGAGUUUGCAUGUUCUCUCUGUGUCUGCAUGGGGGUUUUCUCCGGUUGCUCCGGUUUCCUCCCAAAGUCCAAAGACAUGAAGGUGUGAGUGUGAAUCAUGACCUCUCACCUGACGUGAGCUGUGAAGGCUCCUAGUGGGUGAGAGGUACGGGCAGCUGUUGUUCAGGAGGUAGAGAGGGUCGUCUGCUAAUCGUGAAGAUUAGUAGUUCGGUCCCCGGCUCCUCCAGUCCGCAGGUUGAAGUGUCCUUGGGCAAGAUACUGAUCCCAAAAUUGCUCCCGAAGGCUGUGCCAUCGGUGUGUGAAUAAGCUUUUUGUGUGAAUGUUU